AUGAGUUGUCAAGGCACAUGGGGCUGUUUUGUUGCUCUGUUUUGCUGCGCUGCCAUCGACGGCCAGCUUUCUGCAACGUUCUACGGCACUACGUGCCCGAACCUGCAGAGCAUUGUGAGGUCGGGAAUGAGCCAAGCGGUGAACAGAGAGCGAAGAGUUGGCGCUUCCAUGCUCAGGCUUUUCUUCCAUGAUUGCUUCGUCAACGGAUGUGACGCGUCGGUUCUCCUGGAUGACACGCCGACCAUCACCGGAGAGAAGAACGCCCGCCCAAAUGCCAACUCCCUUCACGGCUUCGAAGUCGUCGACACCAUCAAAUCCGCCGUCGAAGCUGCCUGCCCGACCACUGUCUCAUGCGCCGACAUACUCUCGCUAGCUGCCCGGGACAGCGUUGUUCUGCUUGGUGGCCCGACAUGGACCGUAACACUGGGUCGCCGGGACGCCACCACCGCCAGCCAGAGCGCGGCCAAUGCCAACCUCCCUAGCACGACAUCCAGCCUUUCUCAGCUCAUCGCCACCUUUGCCGGCAAGGGUUUGAGCGCGCGCGACAUGACCGCGCUCUCAGGUGCACACACCGUCGGCCUAGCCUACUGUGCCAACUACCGCGCCCACAUCUACAACGACUCCAACAUCGACCCCGGCUUCGCAUCCCUGCGUCGACAGAACUGCCCGCUGACACCGGGCGACGGCGACGGGGCUGCAGCCCCGCUGGACGCCCAGACUCCAAUGGCAUUUGACAACGCCUAUUUCCGGGAUUUGAUGGCGCAGCGGAGCCUGCUGCACACGGACCAGGAGCUCUUCAAUGGCGGGUCGCAGGAUGCAUUGGUGCAGCAAUACAGCGCCAACGCAGCGGCAUUCUUCACCGACUUUGCGGCAGCCAUGGAGAGGAUGGGAAACAUCAGCCCGUUGACCGGAUCGCAGGGCGAGAUCAGGAUAAAUUGCAGGAGGGUCAACGGGUAUGAUUAAUAAUAUGAAUCAGUGGAACUGAUGCUGCAGCUGCUCACUGAUGUAGUGAGAUAAAAUAAGACCUUUGGCUUCUCAACUGGAAUA